AAAGCGUUUAUAGGAUUUUUCAUUGUGGUGAGUUGAUUCACAGGUCUCUAGUAUCCGUGAAAGCAAAUCAGAUGAUAGGCGGUUCUCAAUCUUCACCGGUACAAAGAGGCUGCAUUUGAGGGCAGAAUCGAGCGAUGAUCGACUCGCUUGGGUGGAAGCAUUGCAGGCCGUGAAAGAUAUGUUUCCGCGGAUUUCCAACAGUGAAUUGAUGGCUCCGGUAGACAAUGUAGCGGUGUCUACUGAGAAAUUGAGGCAGCGCCUGGCCGAAGAGGGUGUUAAGGAGGCAGUCAUUCAGGAAAGUGAACAGAUUAUGAAGACAGAGUUUGCUGCAUUGCAUGACCAGCUUCUUCUGCUCAAGCAGAAACAGUGGCUCCUAAUUGACACGCUACGACAGUUAGAGACAGAAAAGGUAGAUUUGGAGAAUACAGUGGUCGAUGAGAGCCGACAGUUCAAAGAUUCUGGAGCUUCCUCUAGAUCAAGACAAGACAAAUUUAGUGAAGGAAGUGCAACUGAAUCUGAUGAUGAUAAUGAAAGAGUUGAUGCUGCAGAAGAAGAAACGGAUGAAGAGGACAAUGCUUUCUUUGAUACGCGUGAUUUUCUAUCAUCAAGUUCUUUCAAAAGUAAUGGGUCUGAUUAUCGGAUAUCUUCCGUCUCUUCAGAUGAUGAUGGCUUGUAUGCCAUUGAAUCUGAAGAUGGUACAGAUCCAGCACUCAGAGCUGAUUUUCCAUUUGUCAAGCGACGUAAGAAAUUGCCUGACCCUGUGGAGAAAGAGAAGUGUGUUAGUCUUUGGUCGAUGAUUAAGGACAACAUUGGGAAGGACCUCACGAAAAUCUGUCUCCCUGUAUACUUCAAUGAGCCUCUAUCUUCUCUACAAAAAUGUUUUGAGGAUUUGGAAUAUUCAUACCUCCUUGAUCGAGCAUAUGAAUGGGGCAAAAGGGGUAAUAGCCUUAUGAGGAUUCUUAAUGUGGCUGCUUUUGCUGUAUCUGGAUAUGCUUCAACUGAAGGAAGGAUGUGCAAACCGUUCAAUCCAUUAUUAGGGGAAACAUAUGAGGCUGACUAUCCAGAUAAAGGCCUUCGGUUUUUCUCAGAGAAGGUUAGUCAUCACCCCAUGAUUAUUGCUUGCCAUUGUGAGGGUAGAGGAUGGAAAUUCUAUGGAGAUAGUAAUUUGAAAAGCAAAUUCUGGGGCCGCUCAAUUCAGCUUGAUCCUGUUGGUGUUCUGACCUUGGAAUUUGAUGAUGGUGAAAUUCUUCAAUGGAGUAAAGUUACAACUUCCAUUUACAACCUCAUAUUAGGAAAGCUUUACUGUGAUCACUACGGUACCAUGCGAAUACAGGGAAAGCAUGAAUAUCAAUGUAGGCUGAAAUUUAAGGAGCAGUCUAUCAUUGACCGAAAUCCUCACCAGGUACAAGGUAUAGUUCAAGAUAAGCAUGGGAAAACAGUGGCAACGUUGUUUGGAAAAUGGGAUGAGAGCAUGCAUUAUGUUAAUGGAGACUGUUCAGGGAAGGGAAAAUUCGAGUCUUUAUCUGAUGCCCGCCUGCUCUGGAAGAGGAGCAAGCCACCUAAGUUCCCUACUAGAUAUAACUUAACACGCUUUGCCAUCACCAUGAACGAACUCUUGCCUGGAUUGAAGGAGAAGUUGCCCCCAACAGAUUCAAGGCUCAGACCAGAUCAAAGGUAUCUGGAAAAUGGGGAAUAUGAAAUGGCAAAUUCUGAGAAGUUGAGGCUAGAGCAGAGGCAACGGCAGGCUCGAAAGAUGCAAGAAAGUGGUUGGAAACCGCAGUGGUUUGCAAAGGAUAAAGCAAGCGAUACUUACCGGUAUACUGGUGGAUAUUGGGAGGCAAGAGAACGAAGAAAUUGGGAUGGUUGUCCCGAUAUUUUUGGCCAAGUUCCUUCUGAACAACUUGACUAAUAGUCAGUUCAUUGCUCUCUAGUUUUACCAAUUCUUUUCCAUUUUUUCCCCUAUGGGGUGGUGAAUACUGCUCUGAUUCAAAGCAGUUAAGCGCCUCCCAUGGUUUGCAUAUAAGUAAAUUGAAUGAAAGGUCUGGGCAGGUAAUAAAAUCAAAUUUUUUUUUUCCUCCGUCCCAGCAUUCCAUCUUUGUAUAUCUGAUGAGUUAGUUUUUUAUAUUCGAGUGUUUGAAGAAGCUCAGCCAGUUUGGUUCUUUCUUGUCGUUGAACCAAAUCGACAACCGAACUGCACAUCUAUUAUGUAAUAUCGAGGAACCCAUUCAUAUAGCUUGUGCAUCUUGAUCA